UUUCACUUUGAAAGACAGAUAGUAUGGUUACUAUAACUUAGCGAAGUUUUAUUUGUGACGAAAAUGUAAAGAUUUUGAAUAAAAUGUGUAACAUACAUAGUCAUUUACCAAAGUUAUCGUGCUUAAUUUUCUUAGUGACCUUAUUAACAGAUGUAAGCGCUCUAGUACUACGAGCUUAUAUCUCACAACAUGGAUUGCAUGGAGAAAUCGAGUUCUCUAGUAAAAAUGAUACCCUUAUUGGCAUCAGAACCAACUUAAAACCGACUCUACAAUAUCCUGACGGAGUAUGGAAAUGGUCAAUACAUGAAUAUCCCGUAGAUUACAGAGAUGUGUCGAACGAAAGGUGUUCAGAAGCAAACCUUGGUAAGGAGUUGAUAGACCUGACAGAGGAACUAGGUUACUUGAUAGUGCCUGGCAAAGAUCAUGCAGAAUUCGAGAGUAAAAAUACGUUAACCGGUCCAAUGGGGCUCUGGGGCAAAAGUAUCAUAUUAGAAACAGCAGAUAGGGAUAGAGUCAUCUGUGCCUCCAUUUUAUCCACGGACAUGUUGUAUGAAAAGCAUGCUGUUGCAAGAUUUACUUCGCCCAUAGCCGGUACUUUAAAUUUUAGAUGGUUAACGACACGCGAAUUCGACGAGACUGAUUCCUAUGUCCAGGCCGACCUUUAUCACACCAAAGUUGUAAAAGAUAGUCUCGGUUACACCGAACACAAAUGGAAACUGUUCGUGACAGACAUAUUCGAUUCAGAUAAAGGCAGCCAUGAAGAUAACUGCAAUGUCCUUCAAUUAGUAUUCAAUCCUGAGAACAGCGGCGAGGGAAUGAGUGUUGGUGACCUGGAUAGCCGGCUAGGUCUCAUUAAGGUAGCGACUGAUGCGACGGAGAAGAAAACGAGGAAGUUAUACAAGGAUGAGGUUUUAAAUAUCUUGAGAAGUGACAUGGAAGCCACGAAGAGGAACCUUUAUGUUGUGAUAUUUGAUAAUAAACAUUCGGAUAGCUUCUUAGCUUGUGCUAAGUUGAGAGUGAUGCAGCCAAAAACUACCAAAGCUCUAAUCAAUAUGGACGGAAUUAGAGGCACCGUGGAAUUCAAACAGCGAUCUCCCUUUGAUCCGACAUGGGCGAAUUUCCAGCUGGGUGCUUCAGAUCAGGAUUACGAGUCCAAUCUUAGAUUUGUAAGCUCCAUGCUGCAGUACAGCAUUAGAGAGCUACCUCCGAAAGUUAUAGAUCCUGACAUGUGGAAAAGCGUUUGUAAUACUACGGGAAAUUUAUAUAAUCCUACUGGGAUUGACGAGAAGAAUGUGCCACCUCCAGGAAUGGGAACAAUGGACCAGUACCCAAUCGGUGACCUGCUGGGUAAAUACAAGGGUCGCACGGAAUACCUGAACCACAAGUACUUGUUGCCGGGUCUCGUGAACGAGCUCAGCGGAGCUUAUUGGGACGUCUUCUUGCCGCUCAGUGGCCGACAUAGCGUUCUGCAUAGAGCUGUGGUUUUGACGAGGAGACAACCAAAACACGAACUCUGCGCUACUAUCCUCCCUUACGAGUAUGGCACGGAGUAUCAGACCCAGAUGAGCACGGCGCAGGUGGUGUUCCGCUACCCCAUCGUCGGUAGAGUUAUACUGAGGCAGCCUCUGGAACGACCUUGGGAGGACACAACUGUCAUCAUCGAGAGCAUGGUACACGCGGAUGGCGCCAGCAUCAACAACACAUUCGAACAUCGCUGGGCUAUUCACGAGCACGCACCGGGCGGGGACUACUACAACUGGACGGCGCGCUGCCUCAGCGCCGGCCGCGUGCUGCAGCAGCGGGAUAUGGAAGUGGACGCGCGCAACCCGGAGCGCUCGUGCUCGUCCGCGCACGAGGGCCUGUGUCGUCUGGGGGACUUCACCACGAGGCACGGCAUGUUGUCCAUCGCGGGUAAGAAAGUAGACAGUGCUCGGCUCACGCGCCGGCUGUUCACAGACAGCCUGAUCGCGCUCUCAGGCGUGCGCUCUGUGCUGCGGCGUUCGCUCGUGAUAUACGACGACCACGGACCAGUCGCGCGCGGAGAGAGACUGGCCUGCUCCAUAGUGAAUGGUCUUCACCGACGCAAAGCAGUCGUCCAAGAUUGGUUUGGUAACGGGAACACUGUAGGGUUGAAAGGAAAGCUGGAGUUGACUCAGCAGUCGGAAUAUGACAUAACCAACGUCCAGGUAACGCUGGAGGGACUGGACGAAGAUAUCAGAAACUACAAGAUACAUAUGACUCCUAUAGAGAAAGAGUUGGAGUUUCCUUGUGAGAAGACGACAAUUUACGACACCUACAACCCAUUCCACGUGAAUAAAUCUCUCAGUCCUCCGACUGCUAAAGGGACCGCAGAUCAGUAUGAACUUGGUGAUUUGGGUGAAAAGUACGGUCUUCUUGAUAAUUUUAAAACGUUGACGACGUACUACAACGAGACGCAACUUUCUCUGUAUGGCCCUUAUAGUAUUUUGGGACGAUCCGUCGCCCUCCACAGGAAGAGUAAAGACCGUCGCUGGGCGUGUUCGUCCAUCGAGCGCGGCUACAGCCCGUCCGAGGCGCGCGAGAUCCGCGCCAUCGCGUCCUUCCACCACCCCGGCGGGUUCGCGCACGGCUACGUGCGUAUGACGCAACUAGUGCACGUCGACGGCAGCACCAGCGACACCAUCUUCGAGGUCAAGCUGCGACACCCUGGGGUCAGAGACACUAACCUCACUCACCACCACCGAUGGGAGGUGUUCGUGAACCCGGUGGGCGUGGACGCGGCGGUGAAGGUGACGGGCACGCGCUGCGUCGCCGGCGGCUACCGCUGGAACCCGUACUUCACACAGCUGGCGGACCCGCUUAAUCACGACCUUUACAGCCAAGAGUGUGGCGCCGACAAUCCCCUGAGAUGCGACGUGGGCGACUUGACGGCCAGACUUGGACCGAUUACCGUAGGUGGUCAGCGGCAAAUGUUCGUGGACAGCAACCUCCCACUUGAAGGAACUGUGUCUGCGAUGAGUCGCUCUAUCGUCAUAUUUGGUCCCGACCGGAGUUCUGAGCGCUUCGCGUGCGCUAACAUACUACCCGACAAGGAUAUUAUCAAGUUCGUCAAUAUUAUGAAGCCACCGAGAUUUGUUUUGGGUCAGUUCCUUGCGGAAGUAAGGCGAGUGAUGGGGGUACCGGAGUGGAUGGUGGGAGUGGACUCACGGCGCACGCGCGUCUUACACGCUGGCGCCUGCGUGCAGGUGUUGCUGCACUUUACAGGCCCUGAUGCCAGCAGACUAGAGCUAGAUUUUACUAGGUUACUAGCAUCAGGGCGGUUAGAUUCUCCGUCAAUAUUCAUCCCUGGCUUCGUCGACACCAAGCGGAAGAGAACCAUCUCAUAUCGCCAGUGCGGUGUCACUGACCCCAAUGAAAAGAAAAGAAAUUUGGAAGGUCCAUUCCUAUUCUUUGGACCGAAAUCUCUCGAAAAGUACAAACGGCCAGCUCUCAAGGCCUUAGACCAGGAUGACUUGAUGAAGAUUUAUGGAGAACAAGCGGCUAUCGUGGUGUUCAAUAACCAGGAUUCUGUUCCCCUGUCCAGUGGCGACUUCCCGAGGCUGAGAAAGAUGUUAGAGGGUCAAACUACAUUGUUUCUUCCACAGGACUUCUUAGACGUCCAUCCGGAUUAUAUAAUCAAUGAAACUCAGGUACUAACGCUGCAAGGGCCGUGGUCAGAGCGCGAUGCGCAGAUGACUGAGACUUUCGCUAGACUUCAGGACAUUUAUGGCGCUGGUCGUGUUUUGGGCAUUUUAGGAAAUUCUGUCUCUCAAAACCAGCCCUCUGACUACGAAGGUGAAUGGCUCCGUGUUCGUCGUCAGGCAGAUGAUGAGAGCAUUACCACGAGUGCACCGACCGCCGAUGAUGAGAAACCGGCUCGGGUGUUGCCGAAAUACGCACUUUAUAAUGCUACGGGUCCUCCAGGCAAAGGAGCCCUGAUAUACUCAACAGGGUGGCCGGAGUUGAAGUGGCCGGACGGCACUGUGACUGUGCUGGACACCCCAGUUGGAGAACCGACGGUGAAACCUACGCGUCUGUACACCAUCCUGGUAGUCCGCUUUGCUGAUGGGGAUAACACUAGGGACAAGAUUACCCUUGAAUUCUCAUUCAAACAAUUAGCUGGCUGGUGGUUGGCGGUGGGGGUGGAAGUGAAGCGCGGCCUGGAAAGCACGGGACUCUACCUGCAAGCUCCCGCCUCCCCUGACUCACCGGCAGCCGUGCUUGGGAAGUCAUAUCACUGCUCGCAGCGACUUGUCUACUCAUCAGAGGAAGCUAGUCUUGAAUUUCCAAAUAUACAGAUGCAAGUGUUCAUGGAUAGCACGGAGAAGUUCGCAGACUCGUUCGAUUGUAUCACGUUCACAACUGUGCCGAUUUGGUCUGGCCUCAUGGUGACGUUGUUGAUGGUGACCGUGCUCGCGAUGUCGAUAGUGAUGUUACUGGAAAUCAAGACAAUGGACCGCUUCGAGACGAACAAAGCCAUGCAACUCACCAUCACCAUCAUCGAUUGAAAGAUUCUUAUAUCAACAAUCAUAUUCUGGAAUAUCAAUACCUUUUAAUCAUGUUGGAAUGUUAGAAAAUGUGAAUUUCAAUGAUUAUUAAAUAGAUUAUUAAUUGUAUUACUGUUCUAAGUGUUUUGAACAUAUCAAUCUCGAUGUAAACAUUCGUUGGAGUUUGACUAUUUACAGGUAGAGGUAUCAUAUGUUUCGUAACGUUGAAAUUAGUCCGUCUGUGUAUGGAUCAUGUAAAAACACGAGACAAAUGAAACCGUUAGAAUAUUUUAAAUAAUGAAACGGUUCUAAGGGUUUUAUUAAAAAUAAAUCAAAAUACUUUAUCUGUAAACUCCAUGCGCCGAAGGACGGUCGCAACCUACUCUUUAAUUAUUUAAUACUCAUAAAAAUCAUUCUAUCAAUCUGUUUAUAUAAGUAUAUGCCAUACUAAAUCUUUUAGAAAUAUUGUUUAACGGGCGAUUAGUUAAACAAUUUGUCUCCUUCUUUCAAAUGAUAAAUCAAUGAUAAAAGAGAGAAAACAGUAUUUAACUAAAUACCUGAUAAACAACGUUUUUAAAACUGUUAAUAUGU